AUGGUAAUUCCUAAGCUCAAAGAUCCGAGAAGUUUCUCUAUCUCUUUUUAUAUAGGUACCAUAGACUUUGAGAGAGCUCUUUGUGAUUUAGAAGCUAGUGUUAGCUUAAUUCCUUUGUCCGUGUGUAAGAAGUUGGAUAUGGGAGACAUGAAGCCUACCAAUGUGUCUUUACAACUUGCCGAUAAAUCGGUUAAGUAUCCUAUAGAGAACGCACUGGAAUAUCCUCCUACCACUAAGUUGGAAGAGAGUUUACUUGAUUGUACUAAGAUUGAAAAAGUUGAUACCAAAGUCGAGGACUAUGAAGAAGCUUUUAGGGAAAAUUCUAUCCCCUCUAACCAAAGCCUCGAUGCGUCUAUUAAGAAAGUUAAUAAAAAGAUCGCAAGAACGAAGUCAGAGAAUAAAACGCAACAAGAAUUCCAAUCUCGCUCUCGCCCGAUUGACUACACAUUCAAGCUUCCAAUUACAACAACUUCUUGGCCUGAAGGUAACGGUUUCGCCGGUGGAGUCCUCGAUCUCGGCGGGCUACAAGUGUCUCUAGUAUCAACAUUCAACAAAAUUUGGGGCGUCUACGAUGGUGGUCAGGACGACCAAGGAGCCUCAGUGUAUGAUCCGAAAGAUAUACCAGAAGGGUUCUCUAUGUUAGGUAGUUACUGCCAGCCUAACAACAAACCUCUUUUUGGAUAUGUUCUUGUCGCAAAGGAUGUUUCUUCAAGUACCACCAAUGGCGCUUUAAAGCCACCACUUGAUUACGCUCUUCUUUUCGACACAACAUUUCUCUCGUCUAAUCAAGAUUCUACUUUGUAUAUUUGGCUACCAUUAACACCUGAUGGUUAUACAGCAAUAGGCCAUGUUGUCACCACAACACCAGAAAAACCUCCCCUCGACAAAGUCAUGUGUGUCAGAUCAGACCUCACUGAACAGUGUGAUUUUUCUGCAUGGAUUUGGGGAGCCAAUGAUUAUAACAUUUUCGAUGUUACACCAAGCAUUAGAGGAACUCAAGGUCACGGCAUUCGUGUUGGAUCCUUCGUUGGCCAUUAUGGACUAGGUAAUAGUUACACUCCAUCUGUUUCAUGUUUGAAGAACCUCAAUUCCAUUUCAAAAAUCAUGCCUAAUGAGAAACAAAUCGAGGCAAUACUUCAAGUUUACUCUCCCUUUCUAUACCUACAUUCCGACGAAGAAUACUUUCCUUCUUCGGUCAAUUGGUUUUUCUCCAAUGGAGCAUUACUCUACAAGAAAGGUGAUGAAUCAAAUCCUAUUCCAAUACAACAAAAUGGCACUAACCUACCUCAGGAUCUGGUCUAUGAUGAUGCUUAUUGGAUAGACUUACCCGUUGAUGAUGAAAACAAAGAUAGGGUCAAACAAGGUAAUCUUGAGAGUGCAGAAUCUUAUGUACAUGUGAAACCAGUGUUUGGAGGAACAUUCAGUGAUAUUGCAAUGUGGAUUUUUUACCCUUUCAAUGGACCUGGAAGAGCAAAAGUAGAGUUUAUAAAUAUUAAACUAAGGAAAAUAGGUGAACAUGUUGGUGAUUGGGAGCAUGUAACAUUAAGGGUAAGUAAUUUAGAUGGUCAACUAUGGCAAGUGUAUUUCUCACAACAUCGUAGUGGUUCAUGGAUUGAUUCAUCUCUACUUGAGUUCCAAAAUGAUAAUGGCAAUUUUGAUUUUCCAACAAAAAGACCUAUUGUUUAUGCUUCAUUGCAUGGCCAUGCAGUAUAUCCACAUGAAGGUCUUGUUCUACUAGGGAAAAAUGGAAUAGGUAUGAGAGAUGAUACUAAUAGAGGUGGUAAUGUUAUGGAUAUGAAAAAAUUUGUGUUGGUUUCUGCAGAUUAUUUGGGGUAUGUUAAAGAGCCAUCAUGGUUAAAUUAUUUUAGGGAAUGGGGUCCAACAAUUGACUAUAAACUAGAUGGUGAAUUGAAAUUUCUUAAGAAGUUUUUGCUAAUUAGGAAGUUAAAAGAUGCUUUUGAAAAAAUGAUUAGGGGUUUACCAAAAGAAAUUCUUGGUGAGGAAGGACCAACUGGUCCAAAGGCAAAGAAUAGUUGGAAUGAGGAUGAAGUUUGAAAUUUCUAUACUUUCUAAUUGUAUUGACUUUUGUAAAGUUUGAAUAGUUAUUUCAAUUUCAGCAUAGUUUUGAAUGUAACUAUAAUAUAAAUAAAUAUGAGAUGGACAAGUUUGUAAGAUA